UAUUUUGAAUUCUUUCCAUAUGAUAAAUGGUCACUUGCUCAUUUUGUCUCUCAUGUAAUCGAUAAUUACCAAAAUGCUGAUAAAAGAAUGGCUCAUCGUAUGUUCUAUAUUACUUUAAAUACUAUCAAAGAGGAUCCACACACGUUAAAAGAAGUUGGCAAUAUUGUUCAAGAAAUUUUGAAAAAUAAAAAU